CUUGACAGUUGGCUCUUGUGACGACAGAAGGGAAAUUUUUCCCGCCUAAAUAAGUAAUAAUUAUCACAGGCAGCUGUAGUUUUGUAUCAGUCAGUGAGUUGGGAGACGGUUGGACGGUGGUUAAUACUUUCCAUCUGCUUUUUUUGAAUUUUCCACCAGUAACUGAGGACGAUGUAUUUCAGAAUAAGAACGGUUGAUGGAAAAGUAAAAGUUAUAAAUAUUGCUUCAAGACUGAGCACAAUAAAAGAUGUAAAGCUUGAAAUCGAAAAAGAACUGUUUAUUAAGGCAGAUGAGUUUAAAUAUAUCUAUCUUGGAAAGAUAUUACAAGAUGAAUACACUCUUCACGAUUAUAAAAUCAAGUUGAAUGAUAUUAUACAAUUGAUACCAAUUAUAAGUAAUUCAGAAAGUAAACCAACAACUAGUAAGAAUAGUACAACAGAAGAGAAAGAGAUAACUAAAGACAAAGUAGAAGAGAAAGUUCAAGAAACAGAAGAUGUGAAAGAAGAGUUAGUCAAUAGUUUAUAUUAUAAGAUUGGAGAAGCUGUAGACUAUUAUUAUCAAUGCAAUGGUGCCUGGUAUGAAACUACAUUACAAAAUAUUGUUAAGAAAAAGGAGGAAAUACUGUAUAUUGUAGAAUUUAGCGAUGUGCCUGUGACUGAACUAUUUAUACGACCACGUUCAAGACGUCUUAUACCAUUUGAUGAAUUAUUCAUUGGUCAAAAAGUGAUGAUUAAUUAUAAUUUAGAAGAACCUAAAGAAAUUGGACUGUGGUAUGAUUUUACAAUAUUUAAAUUAAAUAAAAAAAGGACGUUUCAAGAGCUGAGUGGAUUAUUGCACAUAAGCAGUGAAAAUCAGCUUGAAGUACAAAUAGUCAAUCCCAAGGAAGGAAUUUAUGCAAUAGAAACGCCUAAGUUAUUGACAGAGAGAACUAUUGCAGAUGAAGAUUUCAUGGCUGAUACUAGCAAAUGCAGAUCUAUCCCUCCUUACUGUGCAUCGUGCAAAGAUAUACCUAGUAAAAAUUGUAAAGAUUGUGGUUGCAAUAUAUGCGGUGGCAAGCAAGAUGAAAAUAAACUUUUGCUUUGCGACGAAUGUGACUAUGCAUAUCAUUUGACAUGUUUGGAACCACCACUCGAAGUAAUUCCAGAGGGAGACUGGUAUUGUCCUGAAUGUAAGAACGAUGAAAAUGAAAUUGUUAAAGCAGGGGAUAAAUUGAAAAAAUCUAAGAAAAAAUCAUCCACGCAAGCUAAUAAGGAACCGAAAAGAGAUUGGGGGAGGGGAAUGGCUUGUGUUGGUAGAACAAAGAUAUGUGACAUUGUCUUGCCGUAUCAUCGUGGUAAAAUUCCGGGGGUAGAAGUUGGCAUGUCUUGGUUCUUUAGAAUACAGGUCUCCGAAGCAGGAGUGCAUAGACCACAUGUCGCCGGUAUUCACGGACGAGAAACAGAUUGUGCAUAUUCUAUCGUUCUGUCAGGCGGCUAUGAGGACGAUGUUGAUAAUGGCGAUGAGUUUAUGUAUACUGGUUCUGGUGGCAGAGAUUUAUCAGGCAACAAAAGAACCGCUGCACAGAGCAGUGACCAGAUCUUAACCAGAAUGAAUAAGGCACUCGCUUUGAAUUGUAACGCUCCGUUAAACGCAAAAAACGGCGCGACAGCUAAGAAUUGGAAGGAAGGCAUACCAGUUCGAGUGGUGCGCAAUUAUAAAUUAGCAAAACAUAGUAAAUAUGCGCCAAAAAAAGGUAACAGAUAUGAUGGUCUGUAUAAAGUGGUGAAAUACUACCCUACCAAGGGCGAAAGUGGCUUUCGUGUGUGGAGAUAUUUAUUACGGAGGGACGAUCCAGAUCCUGCGCCUUGGACCAAGAAAGGUAAAGAAAGAAUGGCUAAACUCGGUCUGAAGAUGAUAUAUCCGGACGGAUAUACCGAAGCAAUGAAGACAAAUGAUAAGAAACGAUCUAGGUCCGACGAAGAAAACGCUACAGCCUCGAAAGAAAAUAUGAGUCCAUCUAGUAAGAAGUUGAAAUUAGAACAAGAGGCCUAUGUUUUGGACGACGAAUUGAAAAGUUUAAUAGAAAGUGAUGAACAAAAUGCUAAACUGUGGGUUGAAUGUAGUGAGACACUGCGCGAUGGAAAGCUGGCUUUUUUGCAGUGCGUUUCAGAAAGAUUCAAGUGCGCUUUCUGUCUGGAAAUGGUUAAUCAUCCUGUAACAACUCCUUGCGCGCAUAAUUUCUGCCUCAAGUGCUUACAGCAGAGCUUUCUUACAUGGCAGGAGGUGUGUCCUAAAUGUCGUUACAGAAUAGGUGAAACGUUCAAAAUGAAUGUUAAUGAAACGUUAAAAUCGGUGUUAUCGCUGCUUUAUCCCGUUUAUAAGAGCGAUAAUUAAUGGUACGUUAUUUGCUAUUUUCUUAUACGAUUACUAAAUCAUGUUUGAAUCAAUAGUUUAGGUAUAGAAAUUUUAUUUUGAAAGCAAUUAUUGAAAGAUCCAUGGUGUAUUCAUAGUAAAUAUUAUGUUUAUCAUACAGUACAGUAUAUUAUACUACGUAUAUAAUAUUACAGUACUAUAGCUAUAUACAAGGUGUCCCAUGGAUAGUUGCUGAAGCUAAUCAGCUGUCAUUUUUAAACGCACAGGGAGCAAGAAAAAUAAAAUAUCUGUCCAACAGAGGACAUUUAUUUACAUAUAAA